CACGCAGCACGUUGCCACGGUUUCAUUUUGCGGGCGCGUACUGUUGUGCGCGCUCACGCCGGGCUAUUGUAUGUUUUUUUUCCAUUCCUUCCAUCAACAAGGAGACCACCGUGGCCUUGUGGGAUAACGGAGCCGGCCAGUUAAGCGUCAGGGGCCUGUUUAAAUCAUGUCGGACGAACAAGAAAUAAUGUGCAAAUUGGAGAAUAUAUUGGAAAUACGGAAUAAGACGAUCCAGAUGCAGAAGAUCAAGUCUCGUCUGAAAAUGGAGUUUGAGGCUCUGGAAUCUGAAGAGAAACACCUGAAAGAGUACAAACAAGAAAUGGAUCUCCUUCUACAAGAGAAAAUGGCACAUGUUGAGGAGCUGCGCCUCAUCCAUGCAGAUAUUAAUGUGAUGGAGAGCACCAUCAAGCAGUCGGAGAAUGACCUGAACAAACUGCUAGAAACAACUCGCCGCCUGCAUGACGAGUACAAACCACUAAAGGAGCAUGUUGAUGCCCUGAGGAUGACUUUAGGACUACACAGACUACCUAACUUGAAUGAAGAGGAGGAGAAGCUCUCCCUGGAUUACUUUGAGAAGCAGAAAGCAGAAUGGCAGAAGGAACCACACGAGCCCACCAUCCCAGAAUCCCUUGCUGCAGCUGCAGCCGCAGCACAGCAACUUCAGGUGUCCAGGAAGCAAGAUGCCCGCCAGACAGCCACCUUCAGACAGCAGCCACCACCUAUGAAGGCUUGCCUGUCCUGCCACCAGCAGAUUCAUCGUAACGCUCCCAUCUGUCCGUUGUGCAAGGCCAAGAGCCGCUCCCGCAACCCAAAGAAGCCCAAGAGAAAGCCAGAUGAGUAGAUCCUACUCACACCUUCAUCUUCAGUAGGAUUUAAAGUCAACUGGUCCAGUACACUGAUCUAGGAUCAGCCAUACAAAUCUCUCUACACUGAAACAAUAGGUCCACGCUUCAGGUCUAUUUCAACAGUCUCUGCUUUAAUAACAAAUUGUCUUAGUAAUUGAAUUCAGAAUCUGUCAACAGUUGAUUUAGGAUCUGGUGAUGUCAUUUUGUUUGUGUUUAUGGGUGCUUUGGAUGUAUUUAUAUGUAAUUGUAUGACUUCCAUAGUAGUUUACUAACCCCCGAACACUGCAGUAAUGCAAAAAAAAAAGAAAAAAAAAAGUCCAAAUAAUGGUCCUGUUGCUGUUGUUAAUUGCCUUAGAUAUCUUCUUGUACUUUAUAUUUUUUGCAGUGCAUGCUUGCUGCCAUAGCUGUCGUGUAUUUUAUGUGCCAAUAUAAAAACAAAUGGGUUUAAAUGCUAACUUAACUACAACUAUGAUGUUCUUUUUAUGUUUACAGCGUUCAAGUGAGCAUUAAAACUGGAGGAAAAAGGCCAGACUCAUUUACUUUGAAUAGUGAUGUGUGUUUAACUUUAAUAUGGCAAUAAGAAAAUAAAUAGCAGUUUUGUAUUAAC